AAAUCAUCUUCUCCGGGUGGAUAAUAUUUAAAAGGACUGCAAUUUUUCAUUUUUUUUCAUUUGUUUCGUCAGACGACAGCCAUGGAUACUCUCUCAGCCUCCGUUUCAUCCUUCAACCUCCCUUCUCUCCCUCCACUGCCGCAACCACCGUUGAGAUCCAUCUCCCGCCGCUUUAAGUCCACCGUUAACGCCGCCACCGCUUCUGCUUCAUCUACCAGUCUUCCAAGACCAGCAUCGUCUUCACCUUCUUCGUCAUCAUACUCACACAACAACAAAAACCUUAAUCGCCUCAGAGCAAUCUCGUUUCCGCUUCCGCAGACGAAACCCACGAGAGUUGCUCCUCCUCCGGUGCACGACAAAGCGGCCUCCGGGUUUGCUGCGGCGCUCGUUAGCGUUUGUCAAUCGAAGAAUUGUCUUGGUCGGACUCAAGAAGAUGUCAGAAGAUUGAUGGGGUUUCUUGUGGGAGAAGAAAAGAAGGGGAACAAGGUCUUAGUCAAUGAUGUAGUUGAGAGAGGUAAAUUUGGUAAACAUCUCAAGGGCUUGGUCAAGAUGUUGAUUUCGAGAGGUAAAUCUGGGAUCUUGUUUGAUGUUUUAAUGGAAUUUGAGAGAAUCUGUAAUGAAUUAGUCUUUGUUGGUUCAACAAAACUUGUCUGGGUUGCUUGAUGAUACAUACAAAGAGAUUUACAUCAAAUCCAAAAGUUUGCUUCUUCUUAACAAAGAAAGGAUACACUACUGUCUUUGGUUGAGGUCUUAACUGAGUUUGAGAGAAUAUGUAACAGAUUAGUUACUACUACUGUGUCUUUCGUUGAGGUUUGUAGAUGAAACAAAAAGAUUGUAAGAAAAAAAGUAAAAGAGUCUUUUGUGUUGAUCAGACUUUACAUUAUCUU